CUUCAUCUUCUCUUCUCCAUCUAACUCUCAACACCACUCAUCACCUCAUCCUCAUCUCCAACUACACACACACAUACAUCACCCAUCAUGGCCUCACCUCAGCAGCUCAAGACGACCGUGACGGAUCUAUUGAAGAUCCAGCACCCCAUCCUACUAGCCGGCAUGAACGUCGCCGCAGGCCCCAAGCUCGCCGCCGCCGUCACAAACGCAGGCGGCCUCGGCGUCAUCGGCGGCGUCGGCUACACCCCAGACAUGCUCCGCGAACAGAUUGCCGAGCUCAAGGGCUUCCUGACAGACAAGAACGCACCGUUUGGCGUCGACCUGCUGCUCCCCCAGGUCGGAGGCAGCGCCCGCAAGACCAACUACGACUACACCAAAGGCAAACUCAACGAACUAAUCGACAUCAUCAUCGACUCGGGCGCAUCCCUCUUCGUCUCCGCCGUCGGCGUGCCCCCCAAAUCCGUCGUCGACAAACUCCACGCCCACGGCAUCCUCUACAUGAACAUGAUCGGCCACCCCAAGCACGUCGCCAAAUGCCUCGCCAUCGGCGCCGACAUCAUCUGCGCCCAGGGCGGCGAAGGCGGCGGCCACACCGGCGACGUGCCCACCACCAUCCUCAUCCCCGAAGUCGUCCGCCUCGUCGCCGGCCACAAAAGCCCGAUGACAGGCCAACCCGUCCAAGUCAUCGCAGCAGGCGGCCUCUUCAACGGCCAGUCCGUCGCCGCAGCCCUCAUGCUCGGCGCCUCAGCCGUCUGGAUCGGCACCCGCUUCAUCCUCACCGACGAGGCUGGCGCGCCAAAAGCCCACCAGGAAGCCGUCCGCACGGCCGGACACGACGACAACGUGCGCACAAUCAUCUUCACCGGCCGGCCCUUGCGCGUGCGCAAUAACGCGUACAUUGAUAACUGGGAGACGAACCGCGCCGCAGAGAUCAAGGAGUUGACGGGCCGGGGCAAGAUCCCUGUCGAGCACGACUUUGAGACGAUGGGCGACGAGAUUGACGAUGAUACGAUGGAUAAUGCGCGGCCGUUUCUGAUGGGUAAAGCUGCGGCGGUGGUGAGUGAGAAGAAGUCGGCCAAGGCGGUGGUGGAUGAGAUGGUUGGGGAUGCGGUGGCGUGGUUGGCGAAGGGGAAUGCCAUGGUUGUGUCGAAGGCGCGGUUGUGAUUUUUUUUUUCUUUUUUUUCUUGGGGUUGUAGGUUCUGGGAAGGGGCAUGCAUGCAUGUAUGUAUGGGGGGGAGGUGGAUGGUGAUGAAGAUGAAGUUUGCAACAUGAUAUUGGCGCUGGGCUUCGGGAUGGAAUGAGAUUUUAUUCUAGAUUUUACUUUGUGUUUCUACCGUGUGACUGUCGUGCCUUGUGCGUGUGUGUUUGGGUGGAUGUGGUUAAAGAACCGAUUGAGUCCUCUUAUCGUGGAUCUGAUCUAUCUGAGGGAUUUGAACGGGCAAGGCUGUCAUAAGCACGAGGAUAAGCAUGAGUAUAAUAAGCACAUACAACACAACACGUCACAGCACACACACACAAACACAACCACAAGCACACACACAACCACAAGCACAAGCACAAAACACAGCAAUAUACAAAUCAAACGGGGCCUCCC